CUCACGUUCACCGCCAGAUGGCGUUCCCACGUCGACUUUGAUGAGACAACACAGCAAAGCCAGUUUGGACUCGCCGGCUCGCUGAUGUAGAACUAGCCUUCGCUCGCUGACUGUUCGCCUUGUUUUUGUCACAAUCCGGAAGCGAUCAUAUUUCAUCUCACUGUUUAGGCUAGAGAAGAGAGUGAAUGCAAGACCGUUGGAGUUCAGAUUGCAGGUGGGAGUUGUAAGACCCGCCUUCUCGCCUGGCCCCAGCUCAGUGUGCUGCUUCAGUGAGCGGUGGUAAGCGGUUGGUCAGCCGGUCGGUCGGUCAGUCGUGUGGUGUGUCGUGUGGUGGUGUGACGUCCCCAUGUCUCGUAACGCGUCUCCUAGCGAUGCGGAGUGUCGCGUCUCCGAGGAGUGCUGCGUUGCUGAGGAGUGUCGCAUCGCGGCCGAUGUGGAGCUGAUGGAGCUCGGACCUCUCCUGGACAACGCUGGGGCGAGCAAGGGACUCGCUGCAGAGGGUCCUGGUGUGGCCGAGGAAGAGGAGGAUGAUGAUGAAGUGGGAGAAGUGUUGACAUUGCCCCUGCAGGCUCAUCAUGCUAUGGAGAAGAUGGAGGAGUUUGUACACAAGGUGUGGGAGGGGCGUUGGCGUGUGAUCCCGUUCCACGUGCUCCCUGAUUGGUUGAAAGAUAACGACUACCUCCUGCAUGGGCACCGCCCCCCCAUGCCCUCCUUUAGAGCCUGCUUUGGAUCCAUAUUCAGGAUACACACCGAGACGGGAAACAUAUGGACUCAUCUACUAGGUCUGAUCCUGUUCAUCUGUUUGGGAACUCUGACGAUGCUGAGGCCCAACAUGUACUUCAUGGCACCACUACAGGAGAAGGUGGUGUUUGGGAUGUUCUUCCUGGGUGCUGUGUUGUGUCUCAGCUUCUCCUGGCUCUUCCACACAGUCUACUGCCACUCAGAGAAGGUCUCACGCACAUUCUCCAAGUUGGACUACUCUGGUAUUGCCCUGCUCAUCAUGGGUUCCUUUGUGCCGUGGCUCUACUACUCCUUCUACUGCUCUCCUCAGCCGCGCCUCAUCUAUCUGUCCGUGGUGUGUGUGCUCGGCAUCGCGGCUAUUGUAGUGGCACAGUGGGACCGCUUCUCCACGCCAAGACACAGGCCCACCCGAGCAGGUGUGUUCAUGGGCCUGGGGCUGAGCGGUAUAGUUCCCACGAUGCAUUUCACCAUUGAGGAGGGCUUUGUGAAGGCGACGACCGUGGGCCAGAUGGGCUGGUUCUACCUGAUGGGGGCCAUGUACAUCACCGGGGCCGGCCUGUACGCAGCACGCAUCCCCGAGAGAUACUUCCCUGGGAAAUGCGACAUCCUGUUUCACUCUCAUCAGAUCUUCCAUGUGCUGGUGGUGGCCGCUGCCUUCAUCCACUUCUAUGGCGUCUCCAACCUGCAGGAGUUCCGCUACGGCCUGGAGGGUGGCUGCACUGACGACACGCUACUCUAGACACGCACGCACGCACGCACGCACACACACACACACACACACACACACACACACACACACACACACACACACACACACACACACACACACACACACACACGCCCCCAAACGCCCCUUAACACCCACCCUCUAGUGUCUAGAGAGAGAAGGGCGGAUGGGGCUGCACUGACGACACGCUACUCUAGACACACACACACACACACACACACACACACACACACACACACACACACACACACACACACACACACACACACACACACACACACACCCUAGUGUCUAGAGAGAGAUACAGCUUGGAUGGGGGGUGCACUGGCACCCACCCUUCAAGCUAGACAACCUACCAACCCCCACUCUGAACAAUCCCCCUCAAAUACCCACCCCUCCUGUACCUACCUCCUAUAUGACCUUUCUUCUCCUCUCCUUCGUUCUUGAUGGAAAUGUGCUGCUGCAUAAAUAUAGGUCACGUUCUCCCCUCUCCCGCUUCUCUUCUCUUCUCCCCUCUCCUCCUCACAUCUCCUCUCCUGUCAUCACACCUCUCCUCUCUUCAUCUUUUGUCUCUCUUCUCCUCUCCCCUCUCCUGUCUUCUCCUCUCCUCCCCUCUCCUCUCUCAUCCUCCUCUCCUCUCUCCUCUCUGGAUCUGCAGCUAGUUUGGUAAGCUGUAGUCAGCUGUGUAAAAGGCCUCUGGUGUCCUUUGGGCCCACGGGGCUGGCUGGAUGUGUUUGCUGAUAGUUGCUGGCCCAGCACAGGCCCCAAUCCUCCAUGUUUUUGGGCUAGCACCCGAGUUGGAAGAAGAAGAAGGAAAAAUCUGCACUGUUGCCACUCACCGAUUUAUUCCACACAACCGUUAGAGGUUGAAACGUUGUGUUGAAUAAAUAGGUGAGCAGCAACAGUGUGCAGAUUUGUUUCCCUCUUCUUCUAGGCGUAUUUGCUUGAUGUCUGGUGUUGGGCCAGCGUAGCAUCUGACAAAUCUGUGGUCUGCUGAGUGUGAGGGGUUAGUUAGCUGUAUGCCCAGUGCUGGCUCAGUCCAUUUCAAUAAUUAAAGCAUGUAUAAUCUCCAGAGCAGGGCGGACAUACACACACACACACACACACACACACACACACACACACACACACACACACACACACACGGGAGAGCAUUUUGUAGGUCAAAUCUGCUUGGGGACCCUGGGUGGCCCUGAGCCCUCUGUGUGUGUGAUGAGAAACCCAGAGCUCAAUAGGUCAAAAUGACGCACCUUACACACACACACACACACACACACACACACACACACACACACACACACACACACACACCGUAUGACUACAGACAGUGCAAUAGUAAGGGUGUUGCACCUUACACACGCACACACACACACACACACACACACAGGUUACUACAGAUAGUGAAUCUGUUACAGAUCACACACACACGCACACACAUACACGUGUUACUUCAGAUCAUAGGGUGUUGUACCUCACACACACUAUAAAUGGUAAGGUUUGUGCACCUUACAUGCACAUACAAAUACUGUACAUUAUUACAGACAGUAAGGCCAGUCACCUUGCACACCAUCACGAUACUACACACACAUACACAUUAACUACUACUACAGGUAGUGAAGCUGUUUCAAAACACACACACAUACGCAGACUACUAAUACAGGUAGAAAAGCUGUUUUAAAUCAAAACACACACACACACACGCACACAUGCACACGUGUGAGUAGAGCGGGGUGGUAUAAAGUGCUGCAUUAGCGACUUUGUUCGUUGGUGCAGUCUGUGUAAAUUUCUCCUUUUAGAGGUCCUGUGCCUUAGGCCAACGCAAAUAGUUUUGACGUAGAUGGAGAUGGGCCGCCACUACUAUAGUGAUCCUAGGAUCUCUCUCUUGCAUAUACUGGGAAGCUGGGGUGCAUUUCUCGUAGCGUAGUUGUUAGCCCGUUAGCGACUUUGGGUAGUUGUCAAUGGGAAAUUGCAUUGCAAACAGCAAAGUAGCUAACGUAGUUAGCAACUAUCGUUUCGAGAAAUGCACCCCUGAGUUGUGUGAAGUAGAAGUACUCUUCCAGGUGUAAUUACAACACUCGUGGUAUGAUAUUACAUGGUUACAACUUUGUAGUUGCGUGCUACAUCUGUAAGAGUACCUCUACUUCUUCUUUAUACAACUCUGCUGGGAAGUACACCAUAUUACCAAAAGUAUUCGCUAAUCUGCCUGAUUCACAUAUGAAGUUAACUGCCAUCCCAUACCUGGCUAGGAAUAUGGUGGCAAUCAAGUUCAUAUGCGAGUCAGACAGGUGAGUGAAUACUUUUGACAAUAUAGUGUAUUUGGGUUGUUUUGGUAACACUUCAUUUUAAUGUUCACGUGUUAGCCAUUAAUACAUAACUGUCAGUACAGUACAAGUGACUUCUAAGACGUGUUAAGCAAAAUCAAUAAUUUGUUAGGCAUGUGUUCAGAAAUUACUUUAUUCACAGCCAGUACAGUCUUUGUUAUUGAUAUAAUCGUAACAAGGACCUAGUAGGCCCUUAACACGUGGCUUAUUGUAAGUCACUUCAACAGACAGUCACUUGGUAUGUAUUAGUGCCUAACAUGUGAAACCAAUUCUUAACGGUAAGUGUUACCGUUUUAUUUUUUCUUUUGUUUUGUUUUUUUUAUUCCUCCUCUACAGUCCCUAGUGAAUGUUCACCUCCAUCGAUGAUGAUGAUGAUGCAUUCUUUCAAUCUCUCUCCCUCCAACUGCUGUAUGUAAUUGAGGACUGGUUUGAUCUGGUCUUACUCCCAUCCCCCCCAAUCCCUCUUUUUAAAUAAGCUUACUUUAUGUGGCUUUGGUUUCAAAGACUAAAAACAAUCUGUGUAUUCUUCAUUUCUUGUUAUGUGUAGACAAGUGGUAAAAAUCAGACAUUUCACUGAAAUAUGAAGAUUAUAAUAAAUAUUUAUGAAUGAUAA